AAGAGUUUGUGGUGAAACUUCCCGUUGCUGAAAUGGCGACGCUGGGCAGAUUCGCUCCGAGUCUGAGGAGCUUUUUCAGGCGGUCAUGGUCCGUCCGGCUCCUCAGGAUGAGCCCCGCGGUGGGGGGCGGGCUGGUGGGCUGUCUGGUCGCCGGUGGUCUGAUUCGGUAUCAGGGGGAACCGCGCUGGAGGCUGUUAACCCGGGCUGUGUGCUCCGAGCAGGAGAAGGAUGAAGCGUCUCCGGUUUCCUCCGUCUCCAUGCGCCGCUUGCGUUUUAACCAGUUUGCCUCCGUGAUUUAUGAGCAGGAGCUCUAUAUGACGCCCAGAGACUUCCUCUACUCCAUCAUGCUAGAGGACGUUGACCGUAAAUUUCAGAAGAAGCAUCUAACCAAAGCGGAAGUGGAGAAGAUGCUGGCUGUGGCCGCCAAAGCGAAGGGAGGAAGCAAUCUGUUCAGAGGAAUCGGAGACAAUGGGCUGAUCUCCUACACUGAGUACCUGUUCCUCCUCACCAUUCUCACCAAGCCACGUACAGGCUUCCACAUCGCCUUCAAAAUGCUUGACAUCGACGGCAACGAGCAGGUGGACAAAAAGGAGUUUGAGAAGCUGAAGAUCAUCAUUGGACAAAGGAAAGUUUCAAAAGAUGCAGCCGAGACUGCGGCCGCAGAGGACGGCGACGAGCCCAGCACCACACUCCAGGCCUUCUUCUUUGGCCGAAAGGGCCAGAACAAACUCCAGUACAAAGAGUUCUGCAGGUUCAUGGAGGACCUGCAGGCGGAGGUGCAGGAGAUGGAGUUCCUGCAGUUCUCUAAGGGUAUGGACACCAUGAGGAGAGAAGACUUCGCCGAGUGGCUGCUGUACUACACCAACGAAGAGGACAACGAGGCGUACUUGGAAAACAUGCGGAAGAGAAUACCCACAGGAGAGAGCAUCACCUUUGAGGAGUUUAAAGCCUUCUGUCUCUUCUCCAAUAACCUGGAGGACUUUGCCUUAUCUAUGAAGAUGAUUGCUGAAGCUAACAAGCCAAUCGGAAUGGCUCAGUUUAAGAGAGCAGUGAAGAUCGCCACGGGAGAGGAACUCUCAGAGAACGUUCUGGACACGGUGUUCAAAAUUUUCGAUGUGGACGGGGACAACUGUCUGAGCCAUAAAGAGUUCAUUGGCGUGAUGAAAGACAGAGUUCUGCGGGGUCUCAGGGUUCGCUCUAACCAGGGUGUGUCCGGCUUCUGGAAGUGUGUGAAGAGAGAGACGCUGAAAGGAGCUCAGGAAGCUAUCAGCCGCAGCGGCAGCAGCCCCUUCUGAGGAGGAGUGGCCUGUUUGUAGGGGGUGGGGCCUGUGGCAUAUUUAAACUUCCGUUCUAUAGACUUCAGUUCGAGCAUUAAUCCAGCCUGUGUGAUCAGUGUCUACAGAGUAUCUGAGUAUUAGAGGCAUGUUUGUUAGACGAGAGCUGGAACUAAAUUUGGCAGGAUGGUAGAUUUUCAGAUGUGUGAUUGGCACCUGUCAAUCAUAACAGUAAUUAAAUAGAAAUUGGUGAGUAUUGAUGUGACGACGCAGCCAAGAGCCAAAGUAUACAGUGAAAAUUUCAGCAACGUUAAGAUUGAGGAACACAUAUUGGGAGUUUAUAGUGGUCUUUGUUCAGUAAAGCCCAAAUAAGACGCAUCUUAAUGGUCUAUUUACUGCGCGUUAAACUUUACUGAUUAUUGCUAACACUGCUAAAGCUUCAAAACAUGCUGUUCACUCCCAGGUCCAUACCGUCCUUAUGGAAACUAAGUGGCAAAAACAUCCUGCUUUGAAUCCGUAGUUUCUAUAAUGUCAAUAAAAACAAUACAUUCACCUUUUCAGCUUACAGCAGUUUAGCCUUUCCCAGUCGCACUGAAGUUAUAAAGAGUGUUUAAGCCUAGACCAGAGGUCGGCAACACAAAUGUUAAGAAGAGCCAUUUUGUCCUCUCAGCAAAACUCUAACCACCUUGGGAGCCACAGCAUUUUAUGUCCAUUUUACCAUCUUGGCUGUAAAUAUGUCUCCGUAUAUGGU